GCUGGAGGCGGCUCCGCUCCCGCCCGGGCAGCGGCCCUACAGCGAAUUUGGGGUAUUGACUUUAACCCCCCACCCUUUUACCGUUUCUCUCGCUAUUUUAAGGUGUAGCUUUCGCAUAAUUUGCGGGUUUUUUACUUAGUUUUGCUUCCCGAGGUGAAGCCCGUCACCGGUGAGCUGUGCACCGUCACCAGUGACAUCUUUGCCAUGAGAAAACCACCUCUGGGAGGGGAAAACACCACACACUGAGGAAGCCAGUCUCCAAAAUCCACCAUGGAUUACCUCUCCAAACCGGGCUUGCUCAGCGUCAUCGCCGGCGUUGCCUGCGGGGUGUGCCUGGGAUGGGGCAUCCGUGGGAGAUUCCUGCGGCCGCCCAAAGCUGGAAUGUCCGUCCCCGCCAACGGGCUGGGGGGUGAAACUGACAUCAUGGGGGAGUCCGGGGAGUUCAAGAUGGUGCUGAUCGUCCGCAACGACUUGAAGAUGGGAAAGGGCAAAGUAGCGGCGCAGUGUUCACACGCCGCCGUUUCCGCCUACAAGCAAGUUCAGAGGAGAAACCCCGAGCUCCUGAAGCAGUGGGAGUACUGUGGACAACCUAAGGUGGUCCUCAAAGCUCCCGAUGAAGAGACUCUGAUCCAGCUCCUGGCUGAUGCUAAAAACCUGGGACUGACUGUGAGCUUAAUACAAGACGCGGGUCGUACUCAGAUAGCUCCAGGCUCCCGGACAGUCCUCGGUAUUGGACCAGGACCAGCUGAUGUAGUAGAUAAAGUCUCCGGUCACCUAAAACUCUUCUAAACCAGGGGACAAAGAAAGCGCAUUGGUGUAUGUCAGUACUGAAGGGAUAAAGUCCAAAUAUGGGGGAUUUUUCUGUAGUUAUCGCAGUAGAAAUAAAAUCACCAGGUUUUGUAAGAGA